CUCUCGGUCGUCGUUCUCUCUCGGGCACACUUCGCGGUCGUCCUUCUCUGGAGCUGAAUUGGGUCGUUGUUCUGUCUGCCUCACGUGCUUCUUGACUUCGGAAAUCCAGCGUGGGAAUUACAUCGGCUCUCUCCAGUCUCCCCCCACAGUUUAUAGAGCAUUACCAUGGCAGAACAGUCAAACAAUGAAGUGAUUGAUCCAAACGACCCAAAACGAAAGGCCAAUUCAAACGACCCAGGAUGGAAAUAUGGUUUCAGGCCAGACUUGACGAAUAUAGAUUUGGUUGAAUGCAUACUUAGCGGGAAAAGAAUGCAUUCUGGGAUAAAUAGAUUGAAACAACACUUAGCCGUUGGAUAUGGAGAUGUGACCGGAUGUCCCAAAACCACGCCAGAAAUUGUAAGGGAGAUGAGAGCAUAUAUGCAAAAAAAUUCACGGAAGCCUUCGAUGAGGUUUAAAGAUGUUGUUCCUAACAAUGAAACCCUUGAAUAAGCGGCAACACAUCUGGAACCACCGUCAUCUACAGAUGCCACUUCUCAUCCAAGUUCUGGGACAUCAAAAAGGAAACAGUCGGUUUCUAGAUUUUUUGAAUCACAGGAAAAGGCACCAAAACAAACCAAGUCGGUUGCUUCGAUGCUAAGGAAGACUCCAGAAGAAGUUGUGGAUGAAAGGCACACCAAGGGAGCUUAUCAAUCAACCAUAGAGAGCACAACACAGAGCAAGGAAGAAAGGGAACGGGUAUUAAUGCAUAUUGCUGAUUUCUUUUUUGAGAACAAUAUCUCUUUCAAUGCGGCUAAUUCAAGGAGUUAUGAAGUUACGGUCGAGUCCAUAGGGCAAUAUGGACCAGGCCUUAAACCGCCAAGUUUUCAUGAGUUGCGUGUUCCCCUUCAUGAGAAGGCCAAAAAGGAGACGGAAAAACUUAAAGAAAAGCAUGAAAUUUCCUGGAACGAGCAUGGGUGUACGCUAAUAGCCAAUACUGUGGCCAGCUUUAUAAGUGCCUAUACAGAACUUUUGUUGGCUAUGGAUCUAGCUAAAAGCAAAAUCACACAUGCUUUACAAGCUAAGCCAACAAAAUUGAGAAAAGUCAUGGAGAUCAUUGAGAAUAGGUGGGAAGACCAGAUGGGAGUGAAUUUAUAUUCGGCGGCUUUAUUUUUAAAUCUGUCGAAAUAUUUUGAUCUUAAGAAAAAAGAUGCAAUAGCGGCUUCUCAUCAUAGAAUGAUAUUCAAUGAUUUGCUGGAGAAGAUGAUCCCUGAUGAGUCUUUGCAAGGGAAAUUAAUGGAUCAGGUCACUCAAUAUGACAAAUUGCGUGGGAGUUUUGCAAAACAACUUGCAAUUAACCAACAAAAGACAAAGAGCCCAAUUGAUUGGUGGGAUGCAUCUGGUGGCUUUACUAUAGAGCUCCAAACUCUUGUGAAGCGUAUCGUUGGACUAUGUUGCACUUCUUCUGGAUGCGAACGCAAUUGGAGCACAUUUGAACACAUUCACAGCAAGAAAAGAAAUCGAUUGGAGCAUAAGAGGUUGAAUGACUUGGUAUUCAUCAAGUAUAAUCGUAGGAUUGCAACAAGAUUUCAAAAGCGCCAAGAACAAGGAACUGAUUUUAACCCUUUGAUUUAUGAGGAUUUUCAGUGGGAUAACGAAUGGGUUAGUCAUGAAGUUGUUCAUCCAGGCCAAGAUCUUCUCUGGACUACAGUUGAUGAAGCUAUGGGUGCUUCUACCAAUCUUGAAGGACGUAAUGCCCCGAGGAGAGGUUGUACUAGUGAAGCUAAUCAAGGUUCAAGUUCUAGUGUAGCAACUUAUCAAUGCCAAAGAAGGUCUACUUCUGGAACACCAUUGCCUGCUCAAGAAUCUCAAGAUGGUGAUGGUCAUGGAGCAGUCACUCUUGAUGACAGUUUGACUUAUGAGGAGGAACCCGUGCAAAUUCUAGCACGGGAAAUGAAGGAGUUGAGGAACAAGAGGGUGCCUCUGGUCAAAGUCUUGUGGAAUAACCAUGCUAUUGAGGAGGCUACAUGGGAGACUGAGGAGUCUAUGAAAGUUAAGUAACCACAUCUUUUCAGCGAUUAUGAUUCUGUUA